ACUUUUAUUUUGCUUAACAUUUUGAUAAUUAUUAGUUAAUAUUCCAUUUUCAUUAGUACGAUCUAUUUUAGUCAUUUAAGAAAGUACUUAAGAUUUCUAUAUUACUCGUUUGUUACUCAUUAAAGGUAGAGGGUGCUUCGGAAGUUUUAUCAGACUAGCUAGCACGAGAAAGAGAAGAGGAAAUUCUUUGGAUUUAAUUAAGAGCUUUUAUCUGUUUUACUCUGGUUUUUUUAUACGUGGAUGUUUUUAGUCCAGCCUGAUACUUGUUCAAAAUAUAUAAUUUACUGAUAAUCUCCCGAAGACCGCGAGUGAGAUUGGCGAUUGAUUGUAUUAAACAGCUUAGUUUCCAAAUAUUUUUGAUAUUCCAAUGUCGUGAAGAAGAGAGUCUGCUAAGUUUAAAUACCUAUGGAGACCGGUGCAAGCAGUGAGAACAAUGGCUAUGAAGUAAUCAAGAAUGGUUCAUGGUUUAUCCAAUUUCGUAAUGGCUACAAUCCAUGGAUGGCUAGAUAUGUGUAUGGUCUAAUGUUCCUCUUGGUGAAUCUGCUGGCUUGGGUUGUCCGUGAUUAUGGCCGAGGUGCCUUGACAGAGAUGAAAAAAUUUAAGAAUUGUAAAGAUGGGCUAAACUGUUUAGGGACUGAAGGAGUUUUACGGGUUAGCUUGGGAUGUUUUCUAUUUUAUUUCAUUAUGUUUCUCUCAACCGUCGCUACGUCAAAGACGCAUUCAUCAAGAGAUAAAUGGCAUUCAGGAUGGUGGUUUGCUAAGCUUCUAAUGUGGCCUGGAUUAAUCAUAUUCCCUUUCUUGCUGCCUUCUUCUAUCAUUGACCUUUACGGGGAGAUUGCACAUUUUGGUGCAGGGGUCUUUCUCUUGAUACAGCUUAUUAGUAUCAUCAGUUUCAUUACAUGGCUCAAUGAAUUUUUCCUAUCCCAAAAAGACGCAGAGAGAUGCCAUGUCCAUGUGAUGCUACUAGCAACUAUUGCGUAUACCUUAUGCAUAUUAGGUGUGAUUUUGAUGUACAUAUGGUAUGUGCCUGAUCCAUCAUGCCUUCUCAACAUAUUUUUCAUCACAUGGACUUUGUUCCUAAUCCAACUCAUGGCAAGUAUCUCUCUACAUCCCAAAAUAAAUGCUGGAUUCUUGACUCCCUCGCUUAUGGGGCUUUAUGUUGUUUUCAUCUGCUGGUGCGCCAUUAGAAGUGAGCCAGUAGGAGAAAUUUGCAACAGAAAUGCUGAAUCUUCUAGCAGAACGGACUGGCUUACCAUCAUAAGCUUUGUGGUUGCACUGCUUGCGAUGGUAAUCGCGACAUUCUCCACGGGAGUAGAUUCACAAUGCUUUCAGUUUAGAAAAGAUGAGAACCAAGAAGAAGACGCGAUUCCUUACGGAUACGGAUUCUUCCAUUUUGUGUUUGCUACGGGAGCAAUGUACUUUGCAAUGCUACUUAUUGGUUGGAAUAUUCAUCAUUCCAUGAAAAGGUGGACUAUUGACGUUGGGUGGACAAGUACUUGGGUUAGGAUAGUAAACGAAUGGCUUGCGGUUUGCAUUUACAUUUGGAUGUUGGUGGCUCCAAUGGUACUGAAGAACAGACAAAUAACAUAAGAGCUACUUGUCACCUCUCUGUAUUAUGAAAACCAGACAGAUGUUUUCACCAUCAGUUUGGAUCUGACCAGAAAAAUAGAUAGAAUAUUAUGAUUGGGAAUUGUGUUAAAUCAUAUGUUUGUAUUUGUGUAGGAUACAAACUAUUGAUUAAUAUUAAGUUAUUAACUGUGACCCUCAUGGGGGUUUUCUAUUAUACAUCUUUAUUUAUACACAAAGUUCAAUGAUAUUCAAAAUUUCACUUUUUUAGAGUUUUUCUUG